AAAUCAUUUAAAGCAGCAAAAAACCCAGAAUUUGUUCUUCAAGCAAUACUUUUUCUUCAAAUUUUUACUCCACCCAACUCUAUCUCUAUCAUCUUUCCUUUUCUUUUUAUCUUUUCAAUUAUUAUUUAUAUUUCUUUACUUGUUAUUUCACUGUGGAUGGCACUAACUAGUAACUAACAAGAGUGGGGCAAAGAAAAUAGAAAAAAAAAAACAGAAAUAAAAAGAUCAAAAAUGAGAAAGUGGUUGUUAAAUUCAGUUCUAAGCAAUUACUAUUGAUCAGGGGAAUAUAUUUGAAAUUUUCACUUGAUAUUAACUAGUUCUUGGACAGCUACAUAUCUUAAAGUGAGCAGUUUUUUAGUACACAUUUUAGUUUUUUUUUUAAGGAGAGUGAGCAAUUCAAUUUCCAUCAGCAUGCGGCUGCAGUUGUUCGAUUAUCUGCUCGUUUUCUGCCUGUCGAUCCAUGCUCUUGAUGCUUUGACUAACUCGCAGGACGCUGCUGUGCUUCGGUCGCUAAAGGAUCAAUGGGGAAACAUGCCGCCUAGCUGGCAUGGAUCGGACGAUCCCUGUGCCACAUGGGAAGGGAUUGCCUGCAACAACUCAAGAGUUACUUCAUUGGGAUUGUCAACAAUGGGAUUAACUGGUAAAAUGAGUGGUGACAUUGGGGGCCUCACAGAGUUAAUUUCUUUGGACUUAUCUUUCAAUCCUGGCCUCACUGGCCCUUUGUCUCCUAAGCUGGGUGAUCUGCAAAAACUAACCAUAUUGAUUCUAGCUGGAUGUGGCUUUUCUAACAACAUACCAGAUGAACUGGGCAACCUACCGGACCUCACAUUUCUAGCCCUGAACUCGAAUAAGUUGACCGGAGGCAUACCUCCUUCGCUCGGUAAACUCUCUAAGCUAUAUUGGCUCGACCUAGCGGACAAUCAGUUAAGAGGACAAAUUCCUGUUUCAUCGGCUUAUGGCCCAGGUUUGGACCAGCUCAAAAAAGCCAAGCACUUCCAUUUCAACAAAAACCAGCUUUCAGGUGAAAUCCCAAGCCAACUUUUUAACUCAGACAUGUCAUUACUACAUAUAUUGUUCGAUGGGAACAGAUUGGAAGGUAGCAUUCCAUCCACAAUAACACUUGUACAGGCACUCGAGGUUCUUCGGCUUGAUCGGAAUUUCCUGAAAGGGACCGUCCCAGAAAACCUCAACAACCUUACAAACAUUGUUGAAUUGUGGGAAUUUGGCUCACAAUAUGUUGUCUGGGACUUGAGCAACAACUCUUUCAAACAAUCCAUAGCUCCUGAUUGGUUUUCCACUUUGCAGUCAUUAACUACUUUGGUGAUUGAAUCUGGACCAUUAGAAGGAUCAGUCCCAUCAGAACUUUUCAGUUUACCUCAGAUACAGGAAGUGAAAUUGAGGAACAAUGCUUUAGGCGACAAACUAGAUAUGAGCGGCAAUAUUAACGAGCAGCUUCAACUUGUUGACUUGGAGAACAACGACAUUUCAUCAGUAACAAUUGGCUCCGCAUAUAAAAGCACGUUACUGUUGAUCGGGAACCCGGUGUGCUCUGCUUCUCUAGAAAACACAGUCUACUGUCAAAUACAGCAAUCGGGCAAACCUUACUCGACUAACCUUGGAAACUGUGGUAGCCAAAUCUGCACCAAUGAUCAAAAGCUAAACCCACAAAGCUGUGACUGUGCUUAUCCGUAUGAAGGCACACUGUACUUUAGAGCUCCCACUUUUCGUGACAUCUCGAAUGCGAGUUUAUUCCAUUCUUUAGAAAUGAGCCUUUGGGUCAAACUGGGCCUUACACCCGGAUCAGUUUCCCUCCAAAAUCCAUUCUUUAAUAAGGAUGACUAUCUUCAGGUGCAACUCGGGUUAUUUCCAUCCGGCGAGAAGUAUUUCAAUAGGUCAAUGGUUCAGAGGAUUGGAUUUUCUUUGAGUAACCAAACAUACAAGCCACCUCACGAGUUCGGGCCGUAUUAUUUUAUAGCGUCUCCUUACGUUUUUGGGGAUGAACAAGGGAGGGCCCACAUCAGCAGGCGCGUGAUUGCUGGAAUAUCAAUCGGAUGUGCAUUUUUGGUUCUUGUGCUGGCAGUGUUAGGGGCCUAUGCUGUUAGGCAAAAGAGGCGGGCUGAGCAAGCCAUAGCAUUAAGCAAACCAUUUGCAUCAUGGACUCCAAGCGGCAAGGACAGUGGAGGUGCACCACAGCUAAAAGGAGCAAGAUGGUUUUCUUAUGAUGAGCUCAAGAAAUGCACUAGCAACUUUUCACAAAGCAAUCAGAUUGGUUCGGGAGGCUAUGGCAAGGUAUAUAGAGGAGUACUCUCCACUGGACAAGUAGUAGCAAUUAAAAGAGCUCAACAAGGUUCAACACAAGGUGGGCUCGAGUUUAAAACCGAAAUCGAGUUGCUCUCAAGAGUUCAUCACAAAAAUCUUCUUGGCCUCGUCGGAUUCUGCUUCGAACAAGGGGAGCAAAUGUUGGUGUACGAGUUUAUGGCCAAUGGAACAUUAAGAGAGAGCUUAUCAGGAAAAAGUGGAGUUCAUCUCGAUUGGAAAAGAAGGCUAAGAAUCGCGCUUGGUUCGGCCAGAGGAUUGGCUUAUCUACACGAGCUCGCAAAUCCACCAAUCAUUCAUAGAGAUGUCAAGUCUUCAAACAUUUUGUUAGACGAUAAUCUCACGGCUAAAGUUGCGGAUUUUGGCUUGUCCAAACUAGUAUCCGACUCUUCAAAAGGCCACGUCUCGACUCAAGUCAAAGGCACACUAGGCUAUCUCGACCCAGAAUACUACAUGACACAACAGCUAACAGAGAAAAGCGAUGUUUACAGCUUUGGGGUGGUUAUGCUCGAGCUCAUCACAGCCAAGCAGCCGAUCGAGAAGGGCAAAUAUGUCGUUCGAGAAGUGAGAGCAUUGAUCGACAAAAACGAUGAGAUGCAUUAUGGUCUUGCUGAAAUCAUGGACCCCACCAUAAGAGGCGCGCCUUGCCUCGUGGGAUUCCACAGGUUUAUCGAGCUGGCUGUGCAGUGUGUGGAGGAAUUGGCCUCCGAUCGGCCAACGAUGGCUGAGGCCGUAAAGUCUCUCGAGAAUAUUUUGCAGAAUGACGGUUUGAACACGAACUCGACCUCGGCUUCAUCGUCCAGAACCGAGUUUAUUGGUAGUGGCAAAGGUUGUCUGAAGCAUCCUUAUAGUGAUGCUUUUGAUUACAGUGGUGGGUAUACACUUCAAGCUAAAGUUGAACCCAAGUGAAGGGAGAUAAUAUAACUUUUCCUUUUUUGUUUUUGAUGAUGAUUUGUUUUAAGAGUUCAAUUUGAAGUAUAUGCAUGAAAAAGUGUUGCUUGCCAAAAAUUUGCAUGCAUUGGUUUGAUUUUGGGUGAUUAAAUUGAUUUUGGUCACGUGGAUGUUUUGUUUGACUAGAUUCUCUUUUAGUAUUCUUGAAAAUUGACUUCGUUUGGAUUUGACUUUAUUGUGCCCAAG